GACUGGUUUAUCACAGGACUAGGAUUGAAGGAGGCAGAUCGGAGUCUGCAGGCAGGUUUGAGCAGCACUCGGAGACCUCUGUAGUUCCGCCCAGGACACGCCCAUCUAAACAGCAUAAAUAGAGCUCUUUCCCAGAGAGAGGACCCACGCUUAAUUUUAUUGUGCUUAUAGGACAAUGGAGACUGAAAUCGAACAGCAGGAAGAGGAGACCACUUUCAGCAACUCGGAAACUAACGGUAAGCGUCCGGCGGAGGACAUGGAGGAGGAGCAGGCCUUUAAGCGGUCCCGAAACACGGACGAGAUGGUGGAGCUGCGGGUCCUGCUGCAGAGCAAGAAUGCAGGAGCUGUGAUCGGAAAGGCAGGGAAGAACAUCAAAGCCCUGCGCACUGACUACAAUGCCAGUGUAUCAGUCCCAGACAGCAGUGGCCCAGAGCGCAUCCUGAGUGUGAGCGCGGACAUUGACACCAUCGGAGAGAUCCUGCUGAAGAUCAUUCCCACGCUGGAGGAGUACCAGCACUAUAGCGGGAUGGACUUUGAUUGUGAGCUGCGCCUGCUGAUCCACCAGAGCCUGGCUGGAAGCAUCAUUGGGGUCAAAGGAGCCAAAAUCAAGGAGCUGAGAGAGAACACUCAGACCACCAUCAAGCUGUUCCAGGAGUGCUGCCCCCACUCCACAGACCGCGUGGUUCUGGUUGGGGGGAAGCCGAGCCAGGUGGUGGAGUGCAUUAAGAUCAUGCUGGAGCUGAUCGCUGAGGCCCCUAUUAAAGGCCGCGCGCAGCCCUACGACCCCAACUUCUACGACGAGACGUAUGACUACGGUGGCUUCACCAUGAUGUUCGAGGAGCGCGGACGGCGGCCCAUGGGGUUCCCCAUGCGGGGGCGCGGCGGCGGCGGCUUCGACCGCAUGCCCCCCAGCCGCGGCAGCCGGCCCAUGCCCCCCUCCCGCAGGGACUACGACGAUAUGAGUCCACGGCGAGGACCGCCCCCUCCCCCCCCAGGGAGAGGGGGUAGGGGAGGCAGCAGGGCCCGCAAUCUGCCCCUGCCGCCUCCACCGCCCCCUAGAGGAGGAGAAGACCAGUUCUACGAGGCCUAUCGAGGCAAUGCUGACGACAGACCAACUAAUGACAGAAGAGGCAGACCCGGUGAUCGCUACGACAGCAUGAGUGGAGGUGGAUAUGACAGCAGCUCAUCCUGGGAGCCCUAUCAAUCUGGGGGGCGUGGUUCUUAUGGUGAUAUUGGAGGUCCAGUUAUCACCACACAAGUGACCAUCCCAAAAGAUUUGGCGGGAUCCAUCAUUGGAAAGGGAGGCCAGAGGAUCAAGCAGAUCCGCCAUGAGUCUGGAGCAUCCAUCAAGAUCGACGAGCCCCUGGAGGGGUCUGAAGACCGCAUCAUCACCAUCACAGGCACUCAGGACCAGAUCCAAAACGCACAGUAUCUAUUGCAGAAUAGUGUGAAGCAGUACUCUGGUCGCUUCUUCUAAAGGAGGAGAGUAAGAUUGAUGGAAAACCGCCCUGCUUGUUUUGUCCCUGCUUCUGUUAUAAAGAGAACAUUCCUCAGCGUUAGGUAGAUGUUCUGCAUUCAGGGUGCAGUUCCCACUCAGCUUCUUUUCCAUACGCUGCACCAUUUUAAUUACAGACCUUCAGCUCAGACUUUUUCACAAUGGCAGCAGAAUGACUGGAUUUUUUUUCCUCAGCUUUUUCUUAGUUUGUACCGGUUCUGCAAGUGUAGUAUAAUUGUGUGUGCGUUUGUGUGGGUGUGUGUGUGUGUGCGCGUGUGUGUGUACUCUGUAUGGGCGAAAACCAGGCCACAUCCAUUCAGCGUAACGUGCAGAAUGUUACCUUGUUUUGUACGGAAUAUUUUACCAUUUUUAAAAUAAAUUGAGGAGAAUUGUUCUUGCUGAUUUUCAGUUCACAAAAAUUACGAGGGGCUGUAUAAAUGUAAAUAUACAGUGGUUAUUUCUAAGAGUUUUAUAGGAUUUGAAUUUCCAUGAAAUUUCCUUUCUUCCUCUGUGGGCUAUAUUCUAAUGGACUGAUUGGACCAAAAAUGGGGAAGGGUUGCCUCCAAGCCCAUGUGUCAUGACUAUAACUGUUUGUUUUUAAUGUCUGUGUGAUAUCAGACCAGAUUUGUGCUUUUGUUUCUCCUUCAUAAGACUGUGUGAAAUUCAUACCACUGAAACGGAACCCAGCAUCCAGGCUCACACCUGUUCUCCAGGACUGUCGUGUGUUUAAAUGUUUGGACAGUGAUUCCGCAUGAGCGUGCCUGGUGCGGGUCUGGUAUAGGCAGAAGCUGCAGUUUGCUGUAGAGCUCUCUCUCUCUUUUUCUCUGUAAUAAAGUUCAUGCCACCUUUUACAUCCUUCACUCCCAGUAUGUGCCUCUGCAGAC